AUGCCUAUCGCUCACUUUGGGCGACAUUCACGGAUGAGGGCAGCCUCGUGCCUCGUUGGCCGCAGCCCAAUCCGACCGGCCAUGGGCCUCCGCAGCUCGCUCUAUCCCUUCUCAAGCCUGCCCACUUAUCAGUAUCACUCCAAACAGACCUUCGCAAAUGGCGCUCCAGAUCACAAACCACUGGGAUCACUCGAUCGUGGUACUGGGUACCACAUUUACCACCAUUCGGCUCCUUUCAAGCUCGAUUACGGGCAAAAUUUACCCAGCUUCGAUUUGGCUUACGAGGUCUGGGGAAAAUUAAAGUAUCCUAUCGACCUUGAUCGCUAUUUUGUCGUAUGCGCCAACCCAUUGGGAUCUAGUUUUGGGUCUACUGCUCCUCAGUCAAUCAAUCCGCUGACUGGCAAACGUUAUGCAACCGACUCCCGUUGUUUCGAUCUUCGACAUGUACAUGCUAGCAUUGGCAGUAGCAUGGGAGGCAUGCAGAGUAUUGCUGCGGCUUGGUUGGAACCCGAAAGGGUUCAUAAAGUGAUCAGCAUCAGUGGAUGCGGAAGAACAGGACGAGCGGGUAUUGCAAUACUCUUGAUGGCCGAUCCAAACUGGAAAAACGGCUUUUACUACGACUCGGCUCCACCUUACCUUGGCAUGAAGCUGGCUCGCCAGGUUGCAGCUGUCACAUAUGGCUCCGGACAUGAAUGGGAGCGGCGGUUUGGUAAAGGACUGCGCUCGGUGACCGAUGAAGAUGGGCAUUCUGCCAUUAUUCCACCAACCCUCAAACCUGAAUUCUCCUUGGAAACUUGGUUAGAUCAUUCAGCUGGGCAGUUUUCUAAAAUAUAUGAUGCAAACAGUUGGUUAUAUGUCUCAAAGGCGAUGGAGCUUUUUGACAUGACUGCCGAAGGUAUGAAUCAACUGCAGCAAUAUCGAGCUCCCCCACUUGACGAAUCGUCGUCUUCUGAUAAGGCAAACUGUAUCCCCCCUGAGGGAGUCACCAAUUUAUCACCAUCAUUUUGCCAUCAUAACGUCGUCGCCUCACUUUCGCAGACGUUUGGACAGAAAUACAAAUCUACCCACGAAUUCCUGAUUGUUGGUGUCCAGACGGACGUCCUGUUCCCCGUGGCUUCGCAGCGAGAUUUAGCUGAAGCUAUUCGAUCAUCGGCGUCAAAGCAUCCGGAUGAUCAGGCUCCUUCUGUAACCUAUGUUGAACUCGAUUCACCAUUUGGUCAUGACGCAUUCUUGAUUGAUUUGAAGGCCGUCGGGGGUGCUGUCAAAGGAUUUCUUGCCUGA